AUGUAUAUAUUCAGGGGGAGAAUACACCAUGGUUUUGUGUUGAUAAUGAAUAAUGACGUAUGGGGUGACAUUAACAAGGAGGCCAAAAAUAUGUUUACUAAAAUAUCUGAGGAUAGGAGCAAAACGGUGCCAGGGUACUGUACUCAUGGAAAUACAGAGCCAACUAGUAGAAUAGUCACGGACCCAGAGGAAAAAGCAUGUCAAUACAUUACAAAAGGCUUAGAGCACAUAUACAGCAUUGAUAUAGAUCAGAGUGAUAUAAAGAAUGGUAUUGGUACGGAUGCACAAAAGAGGGCGGAAGAUGAUCGAUUAUUUAAGCAAGCUAUGUUAUGCUUUUUUUUGAACGCGUAUGCAGACAAAUUGAAAGAGAAGGUUAUAUCUCCUUGCACGGUCGGUGAAGAUUCAAUAGCACAAGCAUUUCAGAGAGGUAAUGGGCAACUUAAGAAUUGGUGUAAGUAUAAGAGUGGUAAUAGUAAUGAUUGUGUACCGUGUGAUAGGGUAUCUAACUUAAAUUGUGAUGUGGGUGUAGCGAAAGUGAAGGACAAGUUGGAGACAAUAAUUGAUAACGACACCAACAUAACAGCAACUCUAACUCAUAUAAAUUCUCAAACUAAGUCCUUAUGUCAACGUGCACAAUGUGUAAUAACACAAAGAACCAGGGACAAAAGGACAGAGCGCGAUGAGCAGGGCAAUGCGAAGGUCACAGCGAAGGAGGAAAAUAUUUGGGAGGUUUGGAAAGGAUUCACUUUUCGUAUCAGAGUCUACUUGUAUAGAAUUACAGUGGAUGCAGCCUGGUCUGAUGCUAAGGGUGACCUACUGGUGAAACUUUCUGAGGCUAUGACUAUGAAGCAAACGGAGGAAGACGCCUUAUGCAAUAACAUUAAUGGGGAAGCUGGUAAAACAGCAACAUACGCAGAAAAAAAAGCAUGUAAUUACAUUGUUAAGGGUUUAAAACAUAUACACAGCCUCCAGGGGGAUAUUAUUAAUACUAAUCCUAAGUACCAAAAAAAUAAUAGAUUAUUUGAACAAACUAUGGCCUGUCUAAUAUUAAAUGAAUAUGGAAGACUUCUCCAGGAAAAAUCUUGUAUCGACAAACGUACCGUAGAAAGUGCCUUUAAUAUCGAUGGGAAGCUUCACAAAACUGCAUGCACGGGUGGAAAUUGUGAUCAAUGUAAUUGGGACCCAUGUUCAGAUUUUAAAAUUGGAAAGGAGGACAAGCGCCGGAAAGAAAUAAAAAAGAAGCUCGAAGAGGAUGAAAACAUACAAAAAACUUUCACUACCAUACAUAAUGCAAGUAAUUUAUGUGAACGUGUAAAAUGUGUAACAGAAAAAUGGGGAAAAAAUAGAGUGAACGGAGCGAAGCCAGCACCUUGGAGUAAUUUUUGGCCCAACGACGUCAAGAAUCAACUAGUAAAUAUUUCUGGAGGCAUGCUACAGGAGAAACCAAAUGUUGACAAGGAAUGUAAUAGCAUUCCAGGGUUAGAUAGUACUAAUAAAGAGGCAUGUAAUUACAUUGUUCGUGGUUUAGACCAUAUAUAUAAAAUUGAAAAGGGGAAGAACGGCGGGCAAAAGAUGAUUCAGGACAACCUCAUAUUCCAUCGAACAAUGUCUUGUGUUUUAUUAAAUGCAUUUGCGGACAAAUUGAUAGAGAGAACAAAUGGACACAUGUGUCCUAUUACAGAAGAAGAAAUAAAAAAAAUGUUUCAGAGAGGAAAUGGAAAGAUGGGCGAAUGGUGUAAAGAUAAGCACGGUCAAGACAUGGAAUGUGAAAUGUGUGAUAGGGAACCUAGCUUGGUUUGUGAAGUAAGUGGUGGCAGCAACACAUACACUGUAAAGACUGAAGUGAAUAAUCUGUUCAAUGGGAAUAAUGGUGCCAAAAUAACAGAAACUCUAACUACUAUAAAUAAUAUAAAUAAUACCUUAUGUGCACGUGCAAACUGUGUAACAACGAAUUGGUUUAAGGACAGAGACGAGGGAGGUGGAAAACAAGACUGGUGUACAUAUUGGGAUACAGAUUUCAAGAAUAGACUGAUGGAACUAUCCAAAGAUAUGACUAAUAAUAGUAAAAAUAUGAACAACUAUUGUAAUAACGUCGGAAAUGAAGGUAGUGCAGAAAAAAAAGCUUGUGUGUUAAUUACUGCUGGAUUAAAACAUAUUUAUGAAAUUAAGAAGGAUGAAGUAACAGAAAGAGACCCAACGGAGCAGGAGAAGAAAGAAAAGAAGGCUGUUCAUAAUGUGCAGUUUGAGCAAGUUAUGAAAUGCAUUCUACUUAAUGAAUACGUAAAUAAAAUAAAGGAUAAAUGUAAAGAUGUUAAGGAGGAAAAUAAAAUAAUUGAAAUGUUUCAGAAAGGGAAUGAUCAGAUGAAUACUUGGUGUAAGGAGAGAAAGAAGAAUGGUGAGGCUAAUUGUAUAAAGUGUGAAAGGGAAGAAAAUCUAAAUUGCACACUGAGCGUGAAUGAAGAUCUGUUCGAUAAAGGAAAAAGUGAAAGGUGCGAAAUAGGCAAGGGCAGUAACCGAGCCCAGAUAAGAACCAAAUUGAAGGAACUGUUCCAGAAGAAAGAGAAAGAGGGAGAUGUGAAGAAAGUUAUGGAAGAAAUAAAUACCAUAUGUACAGUCCCACCUGCUCCACCAAUCCAACCAGCCACGGCAGCAAAACCAGCCGGUGGUGAUGGUGCUGAACGGGGCAGAUCGGAUCCGGAACCUCCUGUUACACCAGUACUAUUACCAGCACCACCGGGUAACGCACAUACAACACCAGCAGGUAAGAAUAAUGAAAAUGAACCUAAAGAUAAAAAUAAAAAAAAAAUUAAAAAGUAA